UUUAGGACUGGGCUUAUUCCUUACUAUAUAAGAAUACACACUAUUGUAUAUGUUGUACAGAGAAUAUAGAAAAAUAGGGAAGCUAAGAAAUGACAAAGUGGAGUGUAAUAAUGUGGACAGCGAUUCUUUGUUAUUGUUUAUGUAUAAUUGAAACAAGUGAAGAAAACAAUACUAGUAUUAAUACUACAAGUAAGCAGCUUGCUUACAAUUAUUACGAGUUAACAUGUCCGUUUCUGGAAGAUAUUGUGAGAAAACAAAUGUUAAUCUUCUUUGCUGCUGAUGCUUCUGCUCCUUCUGCCUUUCUACGUCUUUUCUUCCAUGACUGUCAAGUUCAGGGGUGUGAUGCUUCAAUUCUACUUGAUUCCAAGGACUCAGAAAUGCAAUGUUCCAAGAACUUUGGAAUUAGAAAACUUGAAGAGAUUGGUAGAUUGAAGUCUAUCUUAGAAGCUGUAUGUCCAAGACAAGUCUCUUGUGCAGACAUAAUUGCUCUGGCAGCCAGGGAUUCAAUUCUACUCUCUGGUGGACCUUUCAUUCAAAUCCCUCUUGGAAGAAAAGACUCCUUCAACUAUUCUACUCCCAAACAAGCUGAUGCUCAUCUUCCUUCCACAACUAUCAAUGUCCACCAAUUACUCCAUAUUUUCAAACCCAAAGGGAUGUACCUCCAUGAAUCUGUUGCAAUUCUAGGUGGACACACACUGGGAGGAGGGCAUUGUAUAAACAUUGUGGACAGGCUUUACAAUCCAAAAUCAAGGGACCAAAUGGAUCUCAGUUUUCAGCUGAGUUUGAGACUUGCUUGUCCUAGUAAAGUCCCCAUUACAAACCUUACAUUUAUACCAAAUGAUAUGACUCCAACAAUAUUUGAUAACCAGUAUUAUAGAGACAUUAUCAUGGGUAAAGGCUUGUUCGGGAUCGAUUCCAGCAUCGCAAGGGAUCCACGAACAAUGAACAUUGUCAGUCAGUUUGCUAUGGAUCAACAAUAUUUCUUCGAGACUUUUUCAUCUGCGUUUGUGAAGCUCUCUUCGGCUAAUGUUCUUACAGGGAAAAUGGGUGAAGUUAGGAUACAAUGUGACCAAGUCAAUCAAUGA